CUGGGCGUCUUGGUGGGCGGGAAGGCCUCCGUGAAGGGCAUGACGGGAGUCCAGCUCGCGAGCUCGAGGCCUGACUCGCGGGUUCCAUUUCUUGAGCUUUUCUUCAGAGGACCUUGUGGAAAAGGGCAAGAACUGCAUUCCGGCCCGUCCUGUCACUUAGAAAGUGUCCUCAGCGUCUUAUCUCAGUUUCCCCUCUACCACACGAGACACAGAGCAGGCUCCCGCAGCUCCCCAGUACUAACAUUGGGCUCUAAUGGCCGAAGUGUGUCUUCCUUCAGGAUAGUAUUUAGUUCCACAAUGUUUGGGAACCUAUUUGAAGAGGAUUAUUCCAGUGUGUCAAAUAGUCAGUAUGGAAAAGGGAAGAAAUUAAAGACUAAAGGGUUGGAGCCACCUGCCCCUAGAGAAUUCACCAAUUUAAGUGGAAUCAGAAAUCAGGGUGGAACCUGUUACCUCAAUUCCCUUCUUCAGACUCUUCAUUUCACACCUGAAUUCAGAGAAGCUUUAUUUUCUCUUGGUCCAGAAGAGCUUGGUUCUUUAGAGGAUAAGGAUAAGCCUGAUGCAAAGGUUCGGAUCAUACCUUUGCAGUUACAGCGCUUGUUUGCUCAGUUACUGCUCUUAGACCAGGAGGCUGCAUCCACCAUAGACCUCACUGACAGCUUCGGAUGGACCAGCGAGGAGGAAAUGAGACAACAUGAUGUACAGGAACUGAACCGAAUUCUCUUCAGUGCUUUGGAAACUUCUUUAGUUGGGACCUCUGGCCAUGACCUCAUUAAUCGUCUAUACCAUGGCACCAUUGUGAACCAGAUUAUUUGCAAAGAGUGUAAGAACAUCAGUGAGAAGCAGGAAGACUUCUUGGAUCUGACAGUAGCAGUCAAAAACGUAUCUGGUUUAGAAGAUGCACUCUGGAACAUGUAUGUGGAAGAGGAAGUUUUCGACUGUGAUAACCUGUACCACUGUGGAACCUGUGACCGGCUGGUUAAAGCAGCAAAGUCUGCCAAAUUACGUAAGCUGCCUCCUUUUCUUACUAUUUCAUUACUAAGAUUUAAUUUUGAUUUUGUGAAAUGUGAACGCUACAAGGAAACGAGCUGUUAUACGUUCCCCCUCCGGAUCAAUCUCAAGCCUUUUUGUGAACAGAGUGAACUGGAUGAUACAGAAUAUAUGUAUGACCUCUUCUCCGUCAUUAUCCACAAAGGUGGCUGCUAUGGAGGUCAUUACCAUGUGUACAUUAAAGAUGUUGAUCAUCUAGGAAACUGGCAAUGUCAAGAAGAGAUAAAUGAUACGGAUGUGCAUUUGAAAGAUCUUCAGAAUGAAGAAGAGGUUGAUGACCCAUUGAUGAUUCUAAAAACAAUCUUAUUGCAGGAGGAGACCAAUCAAAUUCCUGUUGAUCAGCUGGGCCAGAAACUCUUGAAAAAGACAGGAAUAUCUUGGAACAAGAAGUACAGAAAACAGCAUGGACCAUUACGAAAGUUCUUACAGCUCCAUCCUCAGAUGUUUCUGCUCAGCACAGAUGAAAGUACAGUUAGUCUCCUGAAGAGCCAUUUUACUCAGGCCCCGUCUGAUCUCCAAAGGAACCAGGAACAGAUUCUACAUACACUUGCUUCAGAACCCCCAGGGUUAAGUGAUAACACCAGCUGCCCCCACUGGUUUGAUAUCAAUGAUUCCAAAGUCCAGCCAAUCAGAGAGAAUGCUAUCGCACAGCAGUUCCAGGGUAAAGAAAGUGCCUACAUGCUGUUUUAUCGGAAAGCCAAGCUGCAGAGGCCCUCCCAAGUUCUGUUCACAGCUCGAGCCAAUCCAAGAUACAGGGUUCCAUGUCAUUUGCUGAAGGAAAUGGAUGCAGCCAACAUUCAACUGCACAUGAGAAGGGCAGAAUGUGACUCUGCAAACAACAAUUUUGAAUUGCAUCUCCAUCUGGGUCCUCACUACCGUUUCUUCAAUGGGGCUCUGCACCCUGAAAUCUCUCAGACAGAGAGUGUGUGGGAUUUAACCUUUGAUAAAAGAAAAACUUUAGGAGAUCUCCGUCAGUCAAUAUUUCAGCUAUUGGAAUUCUGGGAAGGAGACAUGGUUCUUAGUGUUGCGAAACGUGUGCCAGCAGGACUCCAUGUGUACCAUACCCUCGAUGGAGAUGAACUGACACUGUGUGAAGCUGAAAUCGCUGAUGGGGAAGACAUCUUUGUAUGGAAUGGAGUAGAGGUUGGUGGAGUCCAGAUUCAGACUGGUUCUGAUUGUGAGCCUCUGCUGUUACACAUUCUUCAUCUCGAAAUGAGUGGUGAAGGCUCAAAGUGUGAGCAGUUGGUGGAGUCGCCACACGUCUUUCCAGCUAACGCAGAAGUGGGCACUGUGUUCACAGCCUUGGCCAUUCCUGUAGGCGUCCUCCUCACAAACAGUGUGGAGUCUGCAGAGGAAGAGUGUUGGACUGCUGUUCCCAAGGAGGACAUGAAGAAGACAUUCAGAGAACAAGGUCUCAGAAAUGGAAGCUUAAUUUUGGUUCAGGAUGCAGACAGUGAUGAUAACAGUCUGUUGCCCAGACAAGGGAGAUGGACCUCCAGUGUGGAUGAGCUGAACUGGCUCCAAGUGAAAAACUUGUGCCAGUUAGAAUCUGAAGAGGAGCAGGUUCAGAUAGCCGCAACCGUGCACACAGUGGUGUUUGAUAUUCGAAUUAAAGCCAUAAAGGAAUUAAAAUUAAUGAAGGAACUAGCUGAGAACAGCUGUUUGAGACCCAUUGAUAGAAACGGGAAGCUUCUUUGUCCAGUACCAGAUGCUUGGACUUUGGAGGAAGCAGAGGUGAAGAUGGGGAGUUCCUUGGGACUUUGUCUGGGAAAAGCACCAACUUCCUCUCAGCUGUUCCUGUUUUUUGCUCUGGCAAGUGACAUUCAUCCUGGGGCGGAGAUGGAAGUCAUAGUAGAAGAAACACUCUCUGUGAGAGAUUGUUUAAAGAUAAUGCUGGAGAAAUCAGGUCAGCAAGGAGAGCGGUGGCACUUGAGGAAGAUGGAUUGGUGCUAUGAAGCCGGGGAGCCUUUGUGUGAAGAAGAUGCAACACUGAAAGAGCUUAUGAUAUGUUCUGGGGAUACUUUACUUUUAACUGAAGGAAAACUUCCUCCUCCGGGUUUCUUGAAGGUGCCCAUCUGGUGGUACCAGCCUGCAAGACUGUCAGGACACUGGGAGAGUCGGGACCACUCCAGCUGUGCCUCUCCUCUGGGUAGCAGCUGGGGAUCUGCUCCCAGCCAAGGUGCUCCUGGCCCUGAGCCUGCAGACAUUACCCUCCUCUACUUGGGAGAUGUGGAGAUCUCAGAAGAGGCCACAUUGGUGGAACUGAAGUCAAAGGCCAUGGCCUUGACCUCUGUCUCAAAGCUUGCAGUCCAGUCUCCAGCCCUUCUAAGAGUUUGGACAGUGGAGAGCAAACGGCCCAGCAGGCUCUUGCGCAUCGACUGGCGGCAGCUCAAGGAGUACAGACUGGGCCGGAGAGCAGAGCUCUGCUUAGAGCUUCUUCAAAAAGAGGAGGACUUGGGCCCCCGGGAUGUGCUGCUGAGGACACAGCUACGCAUCCCUGGUGAGAGAGCCUACACCCUGGCCAUGGACCUGGUAUGGGACACCACCCGAGGAUGGACUGCUGGCUCCUUGAGGCAGAGAGUGGCUGAUUUCUAUUCUCUUCCUGUGGAGAAGAUUGAAAUUGCCAAAUAUUUUCCUGAAAAGUUUGAGUGGCUUCCAAUAUCUAGCUGGAAUCAGCAAGUUGCCAAAAGGAAAAAGAAGAAAAACCAAGAUACUUUGCAAGGGGGACCAUAUUACUUGAAAGAUGGAGACACUAUUGGCAUUAAGAAUCUCCUGUUUGAUGAUGAUGAUGACUUCAGCACAAUCAGAGAUGACAUUGGGAAGGAAAACCAGAAGCAGCUGGCUUUGGAGAAAAAGAAAAGCCACCAAGUCUUCAGAGCAGCUAGCAACUGUCAGAGCACAGGAAUGAGGACAGGAAUGCUGAACGGAAGAUCAAAAACAGGCUUGUUUUUAUUAUACAGAGAAGAACUUAUUUACAAUCCUCUGAUGCGGACUAUGUACAUAACAAUACAAGAGGCAUCGGCUCCAGGUGGUCACUAUAAAUUAAGAUUAUAAAUAUGAGGGUUAGCCCCACCUGCAGGCACAAAACCUUUUCUCCAAUUCCUCAGGGGUCCUUCCUUCUCUCCCCCUCUGACAGGCCCCUCCAGCACUCAGACUGGAGCUCUCAUUUCUUGUUGACUGUAUAAACAGUGCCGUGUCAGUCAUGGACAACACUGAUUUCCAGCACCCCUCACCCAAAUGCAAUGCUUUCUCAAGAGGCCACUGAGGACUUGAGUGUUGCCCUCAGUUGCUUCUCCUCCUCCUCGGGUUCCUCCUCACCUAAGUUUCUGUUGGUCUGUCACAGGCUCUGACUUCUCCUAGGCCAGAUGAUCCCUGCCUUCACAUUCAGGUCUCAACUGACUGCUCAAUGAGAACAGAACAGAUGGAAAAGUGACAGCUGUUUCCAUUCAGGGUUGCUUUCAUGGAGGCAGGGAAGCCCACAUGUGAUGGGCAGCGGGUCCCACAGAGACAGGCAGUUGCUGUGGCAGAACUCGAGGCCUGGGGCACAGCGCAGCAGCGAUUGCGCUGUAGGCUCUCCAUACGCCACUCUACUGGCCAGGGCUCCCAGAUCUGCCUGUGACUGACAGGGAAGGGAAGAUGCCCAGGGCGUCUGUCUGCAGAACAAGCAGCACGUCAACCCUGCCUCCUCAGCUGGGGCUGCUGGAGGCCCCCCCCCCCCCCGAGUCCAAGCUCAGCACUUCUUCAUGUCAAAUAGGAAAGCAUUGGCCGAGUCCACGGCACUGUCCUCUCUGGGUAAGGACCACAGCCCAGCAGCCUCCUACCAAGGCUGAGCUAAAGCCCUUUCCAGCUGGUCUACAAGUCCCUGUGGGGAAAAGGGAAUGUCAGGGGCAUCCUCACCUGGGAACUGCCCACAGCAUGUAGUCUGGGCCUUGUGGAGCUGCUGCUACCCACAGUGCCACCUGCUGUUUGAGAACCAGUGCUGCCCAGCAGAUCCUGGCAGGGCAGCAGCAUCGUGGGCUGUGGUUAGAGUCUUCGCAGCAGAUGAGAAGUCACUACAGAGCCUGAGACUCUGGGCCACCUGAGAUGAUGGACCCAGACUGCCCCUGCUGACCAUUCAUUCUCCCAUGGCAUACGUCGUCUCCAGCACCCAGGAAGCUUGGUCUCCACAGUAACGCUGAGCUAGUGUAAACUCAUCCUUGUCUGCCUGCCCCAGACUAGACUGCAGGCGCCUGUAGCAUCCUGAGGAGAUACAUGGACUGUCCACAUGCUUAGAGCCCCGUGGAGAGCCCAGUGCCCUAAGGCCUGGCCUAAGCAGGAGGCUUUCCUGUCCACCUUCACAGAUUCUAAUAAGCCUGGAAACACAUCCAUGUCACUUUCAAACCAGGAAAGUACAUAACUUUUUGUUUCUAAAAAUUAAAACUCAUGAACAAAGGGGGCAAUAGCAGUGGGUGGCCUUUGUGGGGCUGCUGUGAAGAACCACAGAGUGGCUGUCAGGCACAGAGAACAUUCUGGUGAGGACCACUGAGGCUGGACCCAACUCUGCUUCUGAGACCCAGUAGAGGUGGAGAUGGUACUGCCCAG